AUGACAUUGUAUCUGCCUACUGCUCCCAAGGAUAAUCUGUUGCACAGAAGUCAGUAUACUGUCAUCCACGACAAUCAAGACUUGCACAGCUUAGAGUGUGAACUGGAGACUGCACUGGAAACUGGUUACCUACUCAUUGUCAUCGAGCCCAUGGGUCUAGGGGAUCGUGCUAUUCGCUGGAUACGAGUGGGCAAUUUCCUUCACAAGUGUGCAGUGCUGUCGUCAGUAGGAGUGUUGGGGGUGGGUCCAUUCCUCUCCCCGAAAUUGUCUCUGUACAGUGUGGUACCAGUGGGUGUGUUUGGAGUGCUCUGUGCCUGUGUCUAUGAUCUGUCCUGGCAGUACGACCCUUGCUGCAAGUACCAAGUGGACUAUCAUGGACAAGAGCUGACAACGGUGCCCAGUCAGGAGCUGGAGUCAACAUCAGCUGUGGUCCUCGUGCAGAGGAACGACAAGUAUCGAAGGAUCCUACACAACACUCUAGCUGUUAUUGUAACUGGAGUUAUCUGUUAUAAAGUGUUCAAGUACUUUUAUUAG